AACAUUUGUUUUCAUAUUUACAUUACUUGGCCACAUCGCUGACGCGGAACUGACUGCCAAACAAAUAAACAUAGAUUAAAGAAUUUUAUUAGUUUUAACAGCUAUUCAACAGAUAAUUGAAAAUGCGCAAAACAUGGGUGAAGCGGGAAAAUAUAUAUUACAAGCCAUUCUACAAGGAUAAAUCGAAAAUAUUUUUUCUCUUAAUAUUUUUUGUUGGAAUCUCAUUCAUCGCCUAUCAGGCCUUCUCGCUGAAUCAGUUGCCCAGCGUGCAGCAGCUGCGACGGAAGCACAAACAAAUGAUGCAGUCUCUGGGUAGUAAACAGCUGGACGUCGACGACUUCGAUGGCGGAGGCGGCUUCGAUCCUGGUAAGGAUGCCGAUCUGGCUGUGCCAGCAACACAAGGUGCCGAUGCUAUUAAGAUUAUACGGGGCAUACGACUGUUCGACUACGACGCAUACAAGCCCAAUUACAAGGGCAAUUUCAAGUGUCUGGAUGGCAGCAAGGAGAUACCGUUCGACCAUCUCAAUGACAACUAUUGUGACUGUGUUAGUGAUGGCAGCGAUGAGCCCAGCACGAAUGCCUGCUCCAAUGGACGCUUCUAUUGUAAAUACCAAAAAAGGCAUAUCACGGGCCGGGGCCUGGACGUCUGGGUUUGGGCCUCUCGAGUGAAUGACCACGUGUGUGAUUGCUGCGACGGCAGCGAUGAGUGGACGACAAAUGCCAACUGCCAAAAUCAUUGUGCGUAGUGUUUUGUUUGUGUUUCGUGUGAUUGGCUUAGCAGGACACCGAAAAACAACAAAACAAA